AUUCCGAAUGUGUAGAAAGAGCACAUGUGAAUGUAAACAAAACAGUUUUUCUCUAUGCUUGACACUUUGAACAACAUUCGCUGAAGUUGGUAAUAGUUUUUAGAAGACCACCAUCAACACAGUGUAUAAAUCCCUGACGCUCUGAAAGUAUGGAAGGAGACUCACCUUUGAUUAAUAUCAAUUCAGUUGAUAAUGGAGUGACAAUGAAAACCACUGGCCUUAAUGAUGUGGUUAAACAUGAACCUAUGGACGAAUCAAAUAAACUUACUGACACAAAGGAUGCAAACAAGGCAGAAAAGGGAUCUGAGGAUGCACAGGAAAAAUCUACCACAAACUGUGAAGUGAUUUUGAACUCAGUUGUUGCUAGUUGUGAUCAAGUAAAGAACAACUCUUUAACAGAUGCUGAUGAUUCAGAACCUGCAAAUAAUGAUGAUCAGGAUAAUAAUGUUUCAGUUGAAAACAAUGAGUUAGUUGAAUUGGUUACAGUGAAAAUUGAAGUUGAAGAAGAAGAAAUUAAAGAUGACACAACAGGUAAUGAAAAUGUACACACUCUGUCAGCUGAGAGCACUACUGCGAUUGAUGUAAAUGAUUCUGAAGCUAUAAAUGAAGGUGGAAAUGAUGAUAAAAAUAAUUCCAAAAUGGUGAAUAUGGAUGCUUGCAGUACAUCAAAAACAGCAGAUGAGAAACUACCUGACUCAGAGGCACACAAGACGGAUGACUGUGUUCUUAUGGAGUAUCGGAAGGUCGGGGAUGUGAUUGUUGUUGAUUCUGCAUCCGAUUCAUCGCCAGACAGCUCCAGUGAUGAGGAGGAAGCGGUCAUUGUGGAAGAUCAACAAAGCACAGAUGCACAGAUCAACAGCGUGAUGUCUGGUAACUGGGACCGUUCCCCAGAGGGUAAUGAAGGUAGAAAGGUGAAGAUGAACAGAUAUGGGUUUGAAGACCUCCGCACAAAAGGCGAACUACUGCCAGAGGAGUUGCCUCCCCUAGAGGAGUUGACCAUCACUGUUGAUGAGUCUGUUAAGAUGGAAGAAGUGGGAGUCAUCCAGAGCGUUGUGGGAAUUCUAGUUGUCAUCCAGUCCAAGGAGAAUGUCCGCCCUCUUGAUGAUGACUCCAUCUUGUUUGUAGAGGGACAUAAAGUUCUAGGCCAGGUGUUUGAGGUAUUUGGCCCGGUGAAGACCCCCUGGUACUCCGUACGGUUUAACGACCCUGACAACAUUGGUAGCAAGGGGUUGGAAGUAGGAAUGAAAGUGUUCUGUGCACCCUCAGAAGCCGCGUUCACCAGAUACGUUUUCUUGGAAGAUCUAAAAAAUCUGAAGGGUUCAGAUGCAUCAUGGGAAGAUAACAACGAACCACCGGAGAAGCACUUAGCAUACUCUGACGAUGAAGCUGAGCGUGCGGCGAAGGCCCGACGGAAGGGGAAAAAGGGUGGAGCUAAACAGGGGGAGGGGGAGACUGGCCACGGGGAGGGGAGGAAACGCAACCGUAGUGGACAUAUGAUUGAUGGCGGAAGACAACAAGGCAACAACUCUCAGCAACAUAACCAGGACAGGAAUCCAUUUCAAGGCAGCAACAACAACAACAGCAGCAACAACAUGUCAUCAGGUCCCAGGUUUUCACACCGACCUCAGGGACAGAUGAACAAUUCUGGUGGCCAAAGAUGGCAGCCAGGAGCCCCUAGCAACUUUAACAGACCACCGUCAAACUUUGGUGGGCCACCAAGGUUUCAUGGUCAAGGUUCUGCUGGAUUUAAUGAUGGUAGCAGGAAUCCAAACACAGGCAACUUUCCUCAGACAAAUCCCAACCAACCAAUGCCUAACAAUGCCAAUGAAGUGUUCGGUAACUUCACGCCACAACAACAUGGCCAGUCUAAUACAAACGUGUUUCAACCAAAUGUUCCUCCACAAAAUUACAUGCAGAAUAGGCCAAUGAGGCAGCCUGGUACUGGCUUCUCAAGUCCUCCACCAAGCAAUCCUAAUGCCCCACCAGACUUUACACGUCCUCCUCCACUGUUUCAAGGAAUGGGGCCCGGUUCAUCGACUCAAACUGGCAACCAGUCUGCUUUUCAGGGAAAUGUGAACCAGUCUGGGAAUUUUGGUGGUGUGGUAAAUGGUGGUCAGAAUCCUGGUGCUCCAUUUGCCAAUGUCAGGCCAGAUGGUCAGCGGUUUGGUCAACCAAUUGUAAAUAAUCAGGCUAGUCCUGCUUCUGGUGCAUUUAACCAGAUGAAUGGCUUUAAUUCUGCUGGACAUGGUGGAAAUGUCAACCCUGUUGGUAAUAACAGUUCCAAUCCCAGAAACAUGAAUGGACAACAACAGUUUGCAGUGCAUGCCUUGAACCCUGUGGUUUCUAGGCAAGGUUCAACUACAGGUUCGCAGGCUGUGAAUAACCAAGGAAAUGGAAUGCCUACUGAAGUCAACUCUCAGAGGAAUAGAUUCUGGAACAUCAACCAAGGAAACAUGCCAAAUAAUGGCAUAAGUCCUCUUAUGUCUCCACAAAACAACAUGGUCUCUUCCAACGUUAAUGGAACAAAUCAACCAGCUUUCAACCAAAUGACCCAACAGCCAAUGGGUCAGGCACCGUUUUCGACAGCAAACGGCCAAGGAUCCAUGCAGUCAUCUUUUGUCAUUCCAAAUAAUGCAGGUUUUGGUCAAGGUAUGAGACAGCCAAUGGGAAAUUUUCCCAUUCAAAAUAUGGGAAAUUUUCCCAAUGGGAAUCCUAAUACAGCUGUCUUUGGGGGACACUCCAGUGGGAGUUUUCAAGCAAUGGGAAGUGGUAUGGGUCAAGCACCUAUGGGAAAUGGUGUAAAUUCUGUAGAAACCCGAAAUGGGUUCAAUGCAAAUAGUCAUAGAACAAAUGACCAAAAUACGUUAAUGGAUCAGAGAUACAUUCAGAAUCCUGGAAAUAAUUAGUGACAAUCUAAUUACAGAAACAAAUUCUUCAGAGUAUGAGGUACAUAAAUGUACAUCUGUAUUCUUAUCAAAUCUUUUAUCUCUGUAUGAAAUUUUGGAGAGAACAAAUGGGAUCCUUCUUUAUCACAGUUAUACAUUUUGAUUUUGGUGAAUGCUAGUUUCAUUUAUGUCACAUUGCAUGUGAAUAUCUGAUCUACAUUGAUUCUUUAACUUUUGUUAAGCAUAUAAUGUUACUAUAAAAUAAAAAAAUAA